GUGAUGUGAAAAAAUCACACUCAACUUUUUCCUUUUUUUCCCUUCCGUGUGCAUUGUAACACGGCGAGAGGAAAAAGGAAAAAAAAAAAAAAAACACGGUUUCGAUCCGAUACAAUGGUUCUGGAAGCGACACGGGUCCGGUAGUGUGGUGUACUCGGUGCUGUUUGUUGGAGAAAAGGCUCUGUGUGGGAAAGCCGGGACUUUAGGAGCAGAGAUGUAGUGUGUGUUCUGAAUUGGGAGACUCUGAUGCCUCACCAUGUUACUGUUCCUGCUGUUGGUCCUACAUCCUAAAGCCAAUGCUCAGAUAGACCCAGGACUGUGUCGCUACCCUCUUGGCAUGGAGGAUGGCAGAAUAAAAAAUGAUGACAUCACAGCCUCCAGCCAAUGGUACGAGACAACCGGGCCGCAGUACGCCAGGCUGAACAGGGAGGAGGGCGACGGUGCCUGGUGUCCUGCUGGUCAGCUGCAGCCGUCCGAUGUCCAGUACCUGCAGCUGGACCUCCGUCAGCUCACCUUUGUCACAGUGGUGGCCACGCAGGGCCGAUACGCCCGCAGCUCCGGCAACGAGUUCGCCCGCAAGUACCGGCUCACCUACAGCCGAGACGGCCAUCGCUGGAUCUCCUGGAGGAACCGCUUCGGCAACGAGGUUGUCAUGGCGAAUGUGAACACGUACGCGUCGGUGGGGAAGGACCUCCACCCACCCAUCAUCACACGCUUCCUCCGCCUCAUCCCCGUCACAGACGUCGUGCACACCGUCUGUAUGCGCAUCGAGCUGUUCGGCUGCCUCUGGCAAGACGGGUUAACGGCGUACACCGCUCCUGAGGGCCACACCAUGAUGGCUCCUGGGUAUCCCAUCACCCCCCUGAACGACUCCACCUACGACGGAGUUCAGGAGCGCAGGAGGGUGCUGGGUGGUCUGGGUCAGCUGACGGACGGUGUGAUUGGUCUGGAUGAUUUCUCUCAGAUGCGUCCGCACAUGCCGUGGCCUGGUUACGAUUACGUGGGCUGGAGGAACGACUCUCUCGGACCCGGCUACAUCGAGAUGGAGUUUCAGUUUGAUAGGCAGAGGAACUUCACCUCCAUGAAGGUGCACAGCAACAACAUGUUCACGCGUGGCGUUAAGGUCUUCUCGUCCGUGUCGUGCGUGUUGAAGCCCCGCCUCAUCUCUCAGUGGGAGCGGGAGGAAGUGGAGUUUCGCACGGUUCUGGACGACCGGAACCCGAGCGCUCGGUACGUCACUGUGCCUCUGGAGCGGCGAGCGGCCACGGCCAUCCGCUGCAGAUUCUACUUCGCCGACACCUGGAUGAUGUUCAGCGAGAUCUCCUUCCAGUCCGCCACCAACCCGCUGCCCACGCUGAAACCUCCGGUGAUGACAUCACUGCCGUUUGAGACGCAGAGCCGAGCCCCGACUACAGUCACAACAGCUACAGACGCCAGCACGGUAACGUCGAAGCCCCGCCCACCUGAAGAGAGCAACACGUCUGUUCUGAUUGGCUGUCUGGUCACCAUCAUCCUCCUGCUGGUGGUGAUCAUCUUCCUCAUUCUGUGGUGGCAGUAUGUGUGCAAAGUCCUGGAGAAGGGUCCGAGGCGUAUCCUGGAUGAGGAGGUGAUGGUGCAUUUGCCCUGCAGCAGUGACUCUCCCCAGUCGCCUCCUCUGGACUCUCUGGACUCUCCGUACGAGAGAGUGUUUCUGCUCGACACCCCCCACACACACACUCCUGAACGCACCGAGCUUAGAGCUAAAGCUUCGGACUGUGGUGGUUAUGCUGAGCCAGACAUCACCCAGUGUACCCAUCACACCCAUCACCAGAGUCUCCAGUCUAGCGUUCCUCACUACGCCGAGACCCUGAUUGUGAAGCUGCAAGGUGUUACCGGCGGCAACACGUACGCCAUCCCCGCCCUCACCGCAGACUCUCUGACACGUAAAGACAUCACCGCUGCCGAGUUUCCAAGGGAACGCCUCAUCUUCCGCGAAAAACUCGGGGAGGGGCAGUUUGGAGAGGUACACCUGUGUGAGGCAGAGGGUCUGGUGGAGUUUUUAGAAGAGGACGCUCCUCCGUUAUCUGAUGACGAGAGCUCAGUGCUGGUGGCAGUGAAACAGCUCAGAGCCGACGCCACCACCAACGCCAGGAACGACUUCCUGAAGGAGAUAAAGAUCAUGUCGCGCCUGAACGACUCGAACAUCAUCCGCCUGCUGUGUGUGUGUGUGCACUCGGACCCCCUUUGCAUGGUGACGGAGUACAUGGAGAACGGAGACCUCAACAUGUUCCUCUCUCAGAGAGAGAUCGAGAGCACGCUCACCCAUGCCAACAACAUCCCCUCUGUCAGUAUGUCAGACCUGUUGCACAUGGCCGUUCAGAUUGCAUCGGGGAUGAAGUACCUGGCGUCUCUGAACUUUGUGCACCGGGACCUGGCCACGCGGAAUUGCCUCGUGGACCGACAGCUCACCAUCAAGAUCUCAGACUUCGGCAUGAGCAGGAACCUGUACAGCAGUGACUACUACAGAAUCCAGGGCCGAGCCGUGCUGCCUAUACGCUGGAUGGCCUGGGAGAGCAUCCUGCUGGGUAAGUUCACUACAGCGAGUGACGUGUGGGCAUUUGGUGUGACUCUGUGGGAAAUCUUCACUCUGUGUACGGAGCAGCCCUACAGUCUACUGACGGAUGAGCAGGUCAUCGAGAACAGCGGAGAGUUCUUCAGGAACCAGGGGAGACAGAUCUACCUAUCCCCUCCCCCGUUGUGCCCCGCCCCUCUAUAUGAGCUGAUGAUGCGUUGCUGGAGGCGUGACAUCAGAGACCGCGCCUCCUUCAACAGCCUGCACCAGGCCUUACGACUCCACUCUCCCCGCUCCUGACUGACAUACGCUUCAACCAAUCAAGCUCCGAGUGUGAGCCCGACCCGACCAAUCAGCUCAGAGUGUGAGCCCGACCCAACCAAUCAAGCUCCGAGUGUGAGCCCGACCCGACCAAUCAGCUCAGAGUGUGAGCCCGACCCAACCAAUCAAGCUCCGAGUGUGAGCCCGACCCGACCAAUCAGCUCCGAGUGUGAGCCCGACCCAACCAGUUAAGCUCCGAAUGUGAGCCCGACCCAACCAAUCAGCUCCGAGUGUGAGCCCGACCCAACCAGUUAAGCUCCGAAUGUGAGCCCGACCCAACCAAUCAAGCUCAGAGUGUGAGCCCGACCCAACCAAUCAGCUCCGAGUGUGAGCCCGCACUCUUUCCCCUGAGGAGAACUAGAAACUGGACGCCUUUGAUGCGUAGCGGUGGAGGAAGAGAGAAUCAGAGACGAUGAUGAUGUCAUUUCGAGACACUUUUCUGGGCUUCAGUUCUGGAGCACUGUUACCGUGGUUCUGUGCUAAUCAUAAUUUAGCAUCAGAGAGUGAAGAAGAGGCCUGUUGGGACUCCAGGGUGUGGCUCCAGUCCAUAGACACUUGAGAAGUUUUUUGUGUGUGUGUGUUGUCUAAAUUUUUUUAAUAGUUAUUUUCAUUUCCUGUCCUGGUGAUACGUUGUGUCUCUGAGCCUACUGUACACUCAUGGCCUUAAAGACACCGUUCAGCCCAGAGUGAAGUGUACACAAGUGUAUUUUAAUACUCUGAUUAAGGUGUGAUGAUUUAGACCCGCGCUUUGGACAGGGCUAAACCGCCGGCUAUAGGCUUCCAUUACUUAUCAGCUACAUUAGCCUCAAACGCCAUGUUCUGGCUGAUCAGACCAAACUGUGUACAUUUCAUUUUGGCUGAAAUGUUCCUUUAAGGAACCAACUGGAGGAGUGUGUGUGUGUGUGUGUGUGUGUGUGUGUGUGUGUGUGUGUGUGUCAGCUCUGUGGUCCCUCAUCGCUCAGCACUACUGCCUGUGUUUAGUGUGUGUGUGUGUGUGUGUGUGUGUGUGUGUGUGUGUGUGUGUGUUCACUCCCUCCCCACACUGGAGUUAUGAAUGAAUCCUGACUAUAAUGUGGAUCGUUUAUUUUUUGUGUGUUUAUAGUUGUCUGUAUGUGAAUGUUCCAAAGGUUCUUCUGAGUGAGCAGAACUACUGUCACAGCUAAAUGAACAGAGAGCUUUCCUGAGAGAGAGAGAGAGACAGACUAUCUAGCUCUUCUUCACUCAUGCUGCAGUAUCGCAUUGGUCUCGUAGGUUGAGGGUGCCAAAACUUCCUGUGUACUGUUUCUGAUAUUAAAGACUUUAAUGUGCACAGCACUCUGACAACUUUAUAGCACACCUCGAGCACCUCCAGCAGUGCAUUAUGGGUAAGGAGCCUUGUCCGAAGCUCCUGAGCAUCCCGGUCAGCUCUGAUAGAUCUCUAGGACGUUGUGUAAGGCACACAUGAACCCAAACAGGAGAAAGAGUACUCGGUGUGUAGAAGACGAAUACCCGAGACCUGUGCGCUCUCGUUCUUUGCUAAAGGCACAUGACUCUGCAGAAGACGUGGACACAGUGUCGAAUUCCUCUGAGCAGCACAUCUGCCUUCUCUGGUCACGCAUAUUAUUAUAUUUAGCUUUCAGAAACUGUUCCUGUGUGCACGACGUCUCCUUCAUUCUGUCUCUGUUUUCAGUCUUUAGUGUGUUCGGCGUUUCUCCACUUCCUGCCACUACGUGUGUGUGUGAUCUGUUAUAAAUGGAGUGUGUACGGUUGUGGCGUGUACAUAAGCAGAACAGAUGUGUGUAAUAUAUAUAUAUACGGGGAUGAAGGAGGACAUGUUUGCAGCACAGUGUUUCUCUCCGAGCUUUUCUUCUGCUCCUGUUUUCUUCCUUUUCAUUAAAUAUCAGAUCUGACUCCA